AUGCUUCUAACAGAUUUUUUCCUGAGAACAGAUAAGAAUAAUAAAAUUGGAAUCAAAGGGGAACCUAAUUAUGUAUCUGAAGUGGUCAACUAUGGGAAUGUUUGUAAAAGAGGAAAGUCUUAUGAAAAUAUUAAACCUACGUUGAUGAAUAUUGGAGUUCCUGUAAAAACAGAAAAAUUAAAUGACGUCAGACAACUAUUGAUUAAACAUUUCGGAGAAGACUGGAUUACUAUUGAAAAUCUUCAAUAUUAUAAGUUUUUACAAGAAGAAGAAAAUGAAAGUAAUUUAAUAGAAACUGACUCUGAAGAAACUCUAAUGGAAGAUGAAAUAGAUAUAAGAGUGUAA